AUGAUCCAGUUAUCCAGCGUAUCGAAGGUGAAACCUAACAUAUUGCCACAGGUAGCCCUUACGUCUCUCGUUUCCCCCUCAGUGAUCUUGGAUCCUGACAUCAACAUGGAAAAUGCCUCUACGGCACCUGAAGCAAUCCUUGGACCGUUUACUUCACCUGCUUUAAAUACCCAAAACGACCCAUCUUCUGUUUAUGACAACAUCACCCAGUCUUACAACUCACCGGAAAAGUAUCUAGCGGCUCUGGCCAUGCCUCUAUCAGGCGGAUCAAGUACAGUCUUAGCCAAUAAGGCUAGAAAGUACAAGGUAAUCAAUAACUGGAAUAAAUGCGUUAAGAGCUCAUACUUGGUUAAACCCAGGCACUGGGAAAUAGGACCAAACCCUGGUACUGGGUCACAAAUGGUCAUUAGAGACGAUGACAGGAAUUUGUUGAAAUCGUCGGAUCAGAGAUUACUUCCUCUGCCGGACUCAUCAACUCAAGGCUCCGACGAACAUGCGUCCGCAUCACCAAAAAGUCUGCUGGAAAUUGUCCCGCCUCGAAAAUCCACUAGUAAAUCACCUUACAUCCAAGCACAGGAAGGUAACAAGCAGCAACCCACACCUCAUUCAUUCCCUGACCGAAGAGCAGAAAGGAGAGCAGAACCAGCGGCGGCAACCGUAUCCCGCUCCGCUGACUUCGUUGAUGAGACUCCCCGUUUCGAAAGCCAAGAAGCCACCCGCGAACCACGAAAAAGACCUCCGUCAUGA